GACCCGCUGACACUUUGUACUGUCGGAGGGGGAUAUUUAAUUUGGGAUUGAGCACCGCUCGCAACAGGCACACUCACACACAGUGUGCCUAAGCAAAGAGACGCUCAGCGCCAAGUCUCAGACCUCCUAAAGUAGGAGCGAGUAAGUAGGAGAACUGUACCAGCUUUCAAAGGAGUAAAGAUUCUCCCCCAGGAAUUACCGCAAACACUGACCGUGCAAAAGAAGGCAGAACUCGGACUGAUUCAACCAUGCAACGGCGGUGGCUCUUUUUGAUAUCCGUAGAGAAAUCACCAAUGUCAUCGAGGUGAAAAGAAACAUCAAAUUGAAGUGAACUUAAACUGGCUUGUUACCUUUUGCGUUUGAUAUGCAUUUUAUUCGCGUCAGUUUAAAUUAAGAUGUGACUUUUUUUGUUACUUUUUGUACGCAAAAAAAACCUGCGUCCUGGAGGAGUAUAAUUUAGUUUUUUAGAGGUCAAGUUUUGGUUUGGAUACACCUUUUCAACAGGACCGAUAAAUGGUUCAGCUUGCAUAGGUGCGGGAGACUACAGUGGUGCGUUUUGCCAAAGAGAAGACAUCUGAAUACGCAUGGACAAUUUCAGCAAGGUCCUAAGACUCCAAGCAGAAGGUUGGAAUAUCGCACUGGAGUCACAGGACACCUCUCACUCCAUGGAUUCUGCGCUUGCGUUUGGACUUUCUCAAACCUGAGCGCGCCAAGCAAAAUUGAAAGAAGCCACGUUUAUAAAAGUCAUGCGUAAAAAUAACAUUGGCCAAGACAACCGUCAUUGCCGGAACGGUGAAAUGUAAAAGUUGGUGAGGUAGCCUACUCUUUUGUGCACCCCUCUCUAUCGGGGCGCUCUGGAUCCAUUUUUUCUCUGGGAAAGCGGAUCUUUAUAAAAUCAUCAUUCCAUGUGACUCUCGCCUCAGCCACUGUCAUCCAGUCUAGACAAUUCGCCGUCGCUUUGAGUGUCCCUGGCGUGACCAUGACAACCACAAUCAACCCAAAGUGCAUGUGGGGAAAAUAGUGACACGGGAGAGUGGGUGAAUUUAGUUUUUCCGUUUUGUUUUGUGCUGUUUUGGUUGGGCCGAAAAUUUGUUCUUAUUUAUUUUUUACAAAGAGACACCCUUUGCGUUCUACAAUAUUGCAUCAGCAAGCAAACGUAAGAGGCAUAUUACUAAGGAUCCCUAAAAAAGAAACGUCAUUCAAACCCGACGUGGUCUAUUAAAAGUAUCAUCUUGCUCGUCGACUUCAACUAUUUAUGAAGCCCCCGGCUACUCAUGUCAAAGAGCACAGUAGCUGUGAAAAUCAAUAAAUAUUUAGGCUAAUACACCAGAAUAGCCUUUACGCAAACAAUAUAAAUAUGACCUUCUCAAAAACGCUACUAGUUUAUGUACUGGUAUCCAUUCACCUUGGAGCUUCGCAACAUUAUCUACGCCUGCGCCCCUCGCCCAGCGAGCAUCUUCCCGUGCCAGUCCUCAAGGAGGACCCCGACCCGGAAUACGACCCCCGGGAACAGGACUUGGCCGAGAGGACUCUACGGAAAAAGCUUGGCAGCAACUUUGAUCCCAACUUUAUGUCCAUCAGCUCGCCCAUGCUGGUGAAUCUCUCCGUACAAGACACCCAGAUGAAACUGCAAGGACCCAUGCCAAACGAGAUUAAAAAACUGGAUAUCUCAGAGUCCCCCUACGGGAAGCGGGUAAAAUUAGGAAAGAAAGCCCACAGGAAAUUUCUGCAGUGGUUGUGGACGUAUACGCACUGUCCGGUGGUGUAUACCUGGAACGAUUUGGGCGUGAGGUUCUGGCCACGCUACAUCAAGGAGGGAAACUGCUUCAAUGAGCGAUCUUGUUCCUUCCCCGAGGGGAUGUUUUGCAAACCUAACAAGUCAAUCACCAAGACUUUUCUCCGGUGGUAUUGUCAAGGGUUUUUAAGACAGAAAUAUUGUACGUGGAUACCGGUGCAAUACCCAAUCAUCUCAGAGUGUAAGUGCUCUUGCUGAGUUUCAAUGGAAGUAGAAGGGUUGGGAAGUGGAUUGGAAAUAUGCGGUUUCUAUUGCACUGUAAACUCUGAUCAGAGGUGGGCACCAUAGCGAAUCUAUUUUUUUAUAUCGCAUUUGAAUUCAAAUGCCAACAUUGUACAUAUUUAAGAAAGAUGCAGCUAUUUUUUUGUUAAUGAACAGGACCAUAUUUUAUUUCAUCCCUGAAACGUGUUUUUGGAUGAACCCAAGCACUUCAGAAAGAAGAGCUUUUAUUUUUUAUGAAAAAUGUAAGAUGGAACGCAUAUAACUUCUCCAAGAAGUUAACUUUUUUUCAACUGGACAUUGAUGCUGACUGUUAUUUCACUGCAAUGCUGCCUAGAGUUUUUGUAUGAUAUUAAUAUCAAUAAUAAUUCAAAUGCAAGUUGAGGAUAUAUAUAUAUAUAUAUAUAUAUAUAUAUAUAUAUAUAUAUAUAUAUAUAAAGGUGUGAACUCAGCUUUUGGAAUAUUGUAGAAAAAACAAAUCUGUACGGUUUAUUUAUUACUUUAACGAUUGUGAGUAUAAAACAUAAGCAGAGAAAAUAGCAGAGUAUACCAGAAAUUAUGGGAGAUGUCUACUUGAAUAUUUCAAUUUUUUUUUUUAAUAAAAAGUUAACAUAUCAGUGUACAUGUUAUGGUUACACGUUUUAGCAAUAAAGUCAAUAUUUUCAACAUG